AGAGUGGGGUUCCUCAAAAGCCCAACUAGGAGGAGAGUACGAUUUAACACAUGCAUGCACAUCCUUAACAACUGGCUGCUGAUGUUUUUUUCCGGACAGGCGAUCUUAUUUUGUUAGUAUAAGUAUUGUAUGUAUCUUAACUUUUUCUUCCCAUUUUUUUAAAUUGCAGUUCUUCAGAACUAAAGGAAAAAUGGCGUUCUUUCCUUCAAAGGUACAUCAAGCUAGCCAAAGAGAAGGACCAGCCAAAAAGCAUUCCUCUCAGAAUCUUCACUGAGGACAUCAAGAACUGUGCCUCUUCUAUAACUGUAACAGUAACAAAUUCAGACACAGCAAAUGACAUUAUCAACAUGUCACUACCAAUGCUAGGAAUAACUGGCUCAGAGAAAGACCACCAGCUGUGGGUGAGUUCUGGCAAGGAAUCAGCCCCACACCCGCUCAUUGGACAUGAACAUCCCUAUGGAAUUAAAAUGAGCCAUCUUCCAUCUACUACACUGCUGCCACAGACACCGGAGGACUCCAACUCUCCUUCCACCCUCCAGGAGUCCCUCCUUCUGAAGCAGGGCAUCGCAGAGAUGCAAGGCCAGUUCAUCCUGAAGCCCAGGCACCUGACCCAAAACCAGCAAGGGAGAGACUCAGACCAGAAUACAGUUAAAAGGCAUUCUUUCAGAAACUGGGCCUUUUGGCAGAGCACCAGCCCUUGCCAGGACAACCAGUGCACAGCGCCACCUUCUGCAAAGCCAGGACAGCUCUUCGGAGUUUCCCUCACGGAUGUGUGUGACAAGGACAACUGGCCCUCUGCAAUUCUGGAUAUGCUUUGCUUUAUCAAUCAAAAAGGGCCACUCACAGAAGGCAUCUUCAGAAAAUCAGCCAAUAUGAAAUCAUGCAGAGUCCUAAAGGAGAAACUAAAUUCUGGGGACAAAGUGAACUUGGACAGUGAAUCUGUUCUUGUGGUAGCAUCUGUCUUAAAGGAUUUUCUUCGAAAUAUCCAAGGAAGUAUAUUUUUAUCUGAUCUCUAUGACAAAUGGCUUGGUGUUAUUGAUCAAGGGAACGAGGAGGAGAAAAUAAUUGCGGCCCAGAGGCUUUUAGCCCAGCUGCCAAGAGCGAAUUUUGUUCUCUUGCGAUACCUUUUUGGAGUGUUACACAACAUUGAGCAACAUUCCUCAUCCAAUCAGAUGACAACUUAUAAUUUAUCAGUGUGUAUAGCCCCAAGCAUUCUUUGUCCACCUAAUUCCUGCAGCUUGGAAUUGGAAACAACGUCAUAAGAAAGGUUUCUCUUGUACAAUUUCUUAUUGAAAAUUGCCUCAGAAUAUUUGGAGAAGACAUCACUUCCCUCUUGGGAGAGAGCUCAAUGAGUUGUGAUAACAGUGAGAAGGCUGCAG